CACCUGCGGGUGUCCCGGCGGCUCUGAGCAUCGGUGGCGCCGGGACCCACGCGGGACACCAGGGCAAGAUGCAAGCUGCCCCUCUGGCUGCCCCUGCGGGCGCCCCCUCCAGGAAGAAGCGGUUGGAGUUGUAUGAUGACUUAGACAUCGAUUGUCCCACCCGGAAACGAGCUCGAAGUGAGCCCCAGCCGAGGCCGACGGCCUGCCUGCUGCCCCUGAGCCCACUGCCUGCUCCAGCCCAUGAACCUGCUGUGGCCACUGCCUCCCGGCUUGGGCCCUAUGUCCUCCUAGAGCCCGAGGAGGGUGGGCGGGCCUACCGGGCCCUGCACUGCCCCACAGGCAUCGAGUACACCUGCAAGGUGCACCCGGCCCGGGAGGCCCUGGCAGUGCUGGAGCCCUACGCGCGGCUGCCCCCACACGAGCACGUGGCGCGGCCCACUGAGGUCCUGACCGGCACCCAGCUCCUCUACACCUUUUUUGCUCGGACCCACGGGGACAUGCACAGCCUGGUGCGCAGCCGCCGCCGCGUCCCUGAGCCCGAGGCCGCUGCGCUCUUCCGGCAGAUGGCCACGGCCCUGGCACACUGUCACCAGCACAGGCUAGUCCUGCGCGAUCUCAAGCUCGGUCGCUUUGUCUUCACCGACUGUGAGAGGACGAAGCUGGUGCUGGAGAACCUGGAGGACGCCUAUGUGCUGACUGGGCCGGAUGACUCCCUUUGGGACAAGCAUGCCUGCCCAGCCUACGUGGGGCCUGAGAUCCUCAGCUCGAGAGCGUCCUACUCAGGCAAGGCGGCAGAUGUCUGGAGCCUGGGUGUGGCUCUCUUCACCAUGCUGGCCGGCCAUUAUCCCUUCCAGGACUCAGAGCCUGCCCUGCUCUUUGGCAAGAUCCGCCGUGGGGCCUUUGCCCUGCCUGAAGGCCUCUCAGCCCCGGCCCGCUGCCUUGUCCGCUGCCUUCUUAGACGGGAGCCAGAUGAGCGGCUCACAGCCACAGGCAUCCUGUUGCACCCCUGGCUGCGGGAGGACCCGAUCCCCUCAGCUCCCUCCCGAUUCCACCUCUGGGAGGCUGACCAGGUGGUCCCUGAUGGGCCAGGGCUGACAGAGGCUGAGGAAGAAGAGGAAGAAAGAGAGGUGGGUCUGUAUGGCUAGGGCCACCCUCCCGGACUCGCAGCUGCAAACAGUGGAUUGAGCUUGGG